UUGGCCCACUCAUUCGACUGUGGACGAUGAGGUUCGAGAGGAAGCUUUCAUAUUUCAAAAGAUAUGUGAGAAGGACACAAAAUUUAAAAAAUGUAUGUCACACACUUGCAAAGAACCAUCAGCUACUGCAGGCGUACCUACAUUCUGGCUCCUUUUUUGCACCCUUAUUGGUGGUUAAGAACUCCACUCCUUUCCAUGCUGAAUUGUAUAGUGAAGCAGUGCGCUUUGCAGUCGGACAUACUUUAGUCAAAGAACCCAAUGUUUUGUCAACUACUGAGGUGCAGUGGAAAGGCACAAAGUACAAAAAGGGACUCUUUCUGUGUCUAAACCAAGGUGAGGCACUUGAAUUCGGACAGAUCGAGCUCAUUUUGGUGAAGCAGGACCAGCAUGUUUAUUUUAUUGUUACACUUCAUGAUGUGUCCUAUAUGCCAGAAUUUGUAUUGUAUGAAGUGAAACAAGCAAGGCAGAGCAUGAGGUGCUGGAAACCUGGGCUGAGACUAGAUUAUUAUCCUUUACCUGUGUACAAGCUGUGUGGGACAAGAGUAAUUUCAUUUAAGCAUAGCAUUCUUGACUCAGAGUAAAGAUCGAGUUUUUGACAUUUUACACUCAUGCUUCAAAAACCAGUCUCUCAUCCCUUCUAGUCCUCCUAGUCAUGGAUACAGAAAGUCCGCUUCUGUCCUUCAUCAAGUCAAGUCUACCAAAACUGAAAGACCUUGAGCCUUUGCUUGAGCUUCUACAAGAUUUAGGAGUUGAGGGACUGGAGGACCUGAGCUAUCUGCAGGAAAGUGAACGCCUACCUGUCCUGCGGCCAGCUGAAGUCAGAAAACUUCUCUCACAGCUUAAAAAGACAAGCCAUCAAGGUGUGUUUCACAGUCCUCCAAGCAACCAACAGUUCAGCAGAGCUAGUACCAGUACAAGUCCAGUAACACGGUCUGACGAGAUGCUCAUGUCUGGUGAUCCAGGUCUCCACUUCAUCAGACAUAACCUAGACUCAGAGCUGGAUGAGGUGAGGACAAACAGCAGCCUAUUCGACGAAGAUGAUGGAUCCAUGGGGUCAGGAAAGCCAGAAGCAGGGGAGCUGGAGAGGUACCUUUCAUGUCCAUUCACUGGAGGUGUGGAUAUAUUGCAUGGCUUUCCUCACAUAAAGAAGCUGUCGAUCAAAAUCAAUACAGCUCUUCCUGCAUCUGGAGCUUGUGAAGGACUUCUUAGUCAUGCAGGACUCCUGGUUACUGCUAAACAGUUACAGCUUCACAGCAAGAACCUUGAGAGCAAACUGCUGCUAAAGCUUAACCAUCACCUCACUGAGUGAAGAAAUGGCACAUUUUUGCUAAUUAUGCAAAAAUAGAUGCACACCCAUACAACUUAUGGUAAACUGAGCUGCCUUGUAUGUACUUAUGUUGAAGAUGCCUCGUUCUAAUGUUUUCUCUGAGGCUGCUGUGCCAUUUGGAGCAAACAUGAAUAUAAAGUUUACAGCAUAUCUUGUCACUGGAAAUUGUUUGCACUGUUUAUAUAUUUAUAUUAUUUACUGUAGGUAUUGGUGAAAAAAGCUUUAUGUUGUGAAAAACUGAAAUCUGGAAAUUAGAAUUGUUGUGCCUUAUUUUGUUGAUGUUUUUACAUACAGGGAGUGCAGAAUUAUUA